CAACUAGAGAAGUGACAAGGUUACAAAUCAGAAUUAUUUGUCCAGCUGGCUUGACAUGCAUGAUUAAAAACCAGGAAAAGACAGAAAGUAUAAGAAAAAGGAUAGUCAUGGCUAGAGCAAGAAAGGUUUAAAAUAACAAGGGGGACAGGGAUGAAUCGAAUGACUGAAUGGAGCCCCUCCCAUCAAGGGGUUAGCUGGUUUGAUCCACUCCACAUUUUCAGGUAUAACAAAUCUCCUGUUAAGACUGGGUGGAGGGAUUCCUCCUUCCAUCUGGCACCCAACAUUUUUGGCUACCCAAAAGAUGAGUACACAGCUUCUCAAGUAAGGAGUCGUCUUUCUUGGACUCCUGAAACCCCCAUCUUUUGGGUGACAUCUUUGAGACCUUUCAUGCUCUCUCUCCCAUCGGCCCCCAGAUGUCAGUCUAGUUUGGCCACUGAUCUGGGGCUAUCGGCUCCUAUUUUUCAUACUAGAAGAUGUUCUGGUAAAGGGGAGACUCUUGCCUCACAUGAGUGCUAUAGGUUGGGCAACCUCUGUGGAAGCACAGUCGUUGACCCUUGGUGUGGAAUCAGUCAUUCUGCAUCAGAAUGGGACAGAGACAGACUGUACUCUGAGAUUCCCCUUUGGGGUGUAUACUUGAAAAUUGGGGGAAAUUGGAUCUAUACAACUUGAAAAAAAAAACUAAUUUCUUUUUGUAAUGUUAAAUGGCCACAUUAUAUCCUUGAUAAGCAAGAGGCAUGGCCUAUCCAUGGCACCCUAAAUUUUAAUACAAUCCAACAAUUGGACUUGUUUUGCAUGAGGAAAGGGAAAAGAACAGCACAACCCUAUAUUUCAGUAUUUAUUAAACUCAGUCUGAAUCCUGAGCUUAGGAGGGGUUGCUGUAUAUACCUUACUGCACCCUUGCUGACCCCUACUGGGAAAAGCCCUCCAGAGGACAUUUUGGAUGAUUCAGCACUCAAUGGCAAAUUUGUGGCCCAGAGGAGAGGGGAGAUAAGAGCUCCCCCACCGGCUGAGGUCUGACCACAGCCUUCCUCUCUCCCAGUCUCCUUAGAACUAACAUUCACUUCAGGAUCUCCUCCUCCAGGUUCAACUGUUUCCUCUUCUCAACCCUCUGCUCCAAAACCCCCACCUUACUCUCCAGGCUCAGAACCUGAGACCAUUCCCAUCUCCCAAGCCACGCCCUACCAUAAUAUCCUGUUGUACCCGCCACAGCCUGAUAAUGUGACCUCAACCAUCCCCCAACCAAGCCCACUCCACACCCGGAGUGGACUGAGUUAUGGUGACAGAGUCCAUCUCCUCCCUAUGAGAGAGGUGCCCUUGCCAGAGGGGCUGGCUCGGGUUCGUGUCCCUUUUUCUAUGACAGAUUUAGCCCAAAUUAAGGAGAAAUUAGGCCGCUAUUCAGAGAAUCACCCCAAAUUCAUUGAUGGUUUUAAAUCCCUCACCCUGCAGUUUGACCUGUCCUGGACAGAUUUACACAUUAUCUCCACCUGUUGCACCCCAGAUGAGAAAAAGAGGAUCUGGGAUUUGGCUGUAGAAAUAGAUGAGAAGGCUCAAGGCGGCACGUGGGCAUUAGUCCCUGGCACUACCAUUAUCCCAGGGCAAGAUCCCAGGUAGGACUAUAGGAAGGAAAGACAUAGACAGCAUAGAGAUCACAUGGUUGACUGUCUCCUUGAGGCCAUGCAGAAAGGGAUGAGGAAGCAGUUUGCCCUCAGGGUUUUAGCCCAGUACUUAGGACCUGAUCUAAGGCCCCUGGUUUACUCCUCAAAAAAAUUAGAUCCCAUUAGCCAAGGGUGGCCAUCAUGCCUGAGAUCAGUUUCUGCCACAGUCCAGAUGCAGAAGAGGCAUCUAAACUAACCCUGGACCAACCCCUAGAAAUUCUGACACCCCCCCCCCCUCCUUGGUAUUCUGGAGACUUCUGGUGAAGGCCACCGAUGGCUUACUGAAGGCCACCUCACUAAAUACCAAGCUCUUUUACCUGGCCUUACCCUAAAGGUAGGCAGGACCCUGACUCCAGCUACCCUCCCCCCUCUUCCAGGAGACCCCAUCCUCCAGGACUGUGAGGAGUUGAUAGACCACACCUUUUCCAGCUGACCAGACCUUAAAGAUUCUCCUCUCCCUGAGGCAGGGAUGGGCUGGUUCACAGAUGGCUCCUCCUUUAUGGAAAAUGGGAUGAGGAAAGCAGGUUACUCAGUAUGUCACAGACAGCCAUAAAUCACCGUGGAGGGCACUAAGGUCUGGAUUCCAACAUAAGCCGAGGGAACCACAGGGCAGGCCUAGCCGCCAAGCCAAGAGAGCUGCACGAGUCACUUCCUUGACUGCUCUGGCCCUAACUCCAUUUCCCCCUCAUAUACUAAGAAGGAAACUGAACAGGCAAAACUCCAGGGAUUUACCCUUGAAGACAGCAGGUGGCGGCGUUCUCUGGACCACUGCUCCUCCCAAAGAACUUAAUGUGGAAAUUGGUUAUGGGGCUCCAUAACUCCACACAUUUGGGCAGAGAAGCAUUAACCGUUUUGAUAGUCACUUUUCACAGGCAAAGGCAUCUCUAAAACCAUUCGGGAGGUCUGCAGAUCCUGUGCCCUCUGUGCCCAAACUAACAGCAUGGGAGCUCUUAGGCCACUUCCCCUCCUUAAACCCAUCCAAAGGAGAAGGGAAUCGCCAGGUGAGGAUUGGCAGAGUUCACCCACUUGCCACCUUGAAAAAGGUACAAGAUCCUUUUAGUCUUUGUCGACACCUUUACAGGUUGGCCCAAAAUGUUCCUCUUGAAAUCCGAGAAAGCAGAAGAUGUCACAAAGCCUUACUUAAUUGAAAUCAUUCCAAGAUUUGGCCUUCUGAAAAUGCUCCAGAGCAAUAAUUGUCCUCCCUUAAUUUCACAAAUCACACAGAUGUUUUCCAAGGCAUUGGGCAUCACUUGUCAUUUACACUCAGCCUGGCAUGCCCAAUCUUCAGGAAAAGAAGAAUGUAUGAAUCGACUCCUAAAAAGAGCCCUCGCCAAACUCUGUGAGGAGAUACAGAUUGACUGGGCCCAAGUUCUCCCAAUUGCCCUAACCAGAAUCAGGGUGGCUCCUCAGGCAGAUUCAGGGCUGAGCCCAUUUGAACUGUUGUAUGGGAGACCUUUUCUAACCUCUGAUGUUCUUUUAGAUACAGAAUCCACAGCCUUGUUGGGUUUUCUAAGCAACUUGGCCCAAUCCACCAGGUUUUGAGAGAAUGCCCUAAUCCUAUCCUUCCCAAGCCCCCAAGAGAGGAUAAGGAGGAAUCCCUCCACUCAGCCCAAACAGGAGAUUUGGUUUACCUGAAAGUGUGGAGUGGAUCAAACCAGCUAACCCCUUGAUGGGAGGGGCCCCAUUCAGUCAUUCUAUCCACCCCCUUCCUCCUUGUUAAUUUAAACCUUUCUUGCUCUAGCCAUGACUAUCCUUUUUCUUAUACUUUCUGUCUUUUCCUGGUUUUUAAUCAUGCAUGUCAAGCCAGCUGGACAUAUAAUUCUGAUUUGUAACCUUGUCACUUCUCUAGUUGCUUCUAGGGUGAAAGCUCCCAUUGGAGUCACUGGGAUGCCAUUGCAACCCUGCAACCUUCCCAGCCUGAACCCCUGGACAUUGCCUACAGCCAAUACCUCUCUCUCCUGACAACAGACAGGGACAGCUCUACAACCAUUCUCAGCUCUGAAGAAGCUACAAAAAACUGAGACCUUCACCCUUUCCCCUAGAUAUUUGGAGAGGGGGGAGAUGGCAUGAGUAUUGUACCCCCAGAAGCUCAGUCAUGCUUAUCAGGGAAAUUCCUUUUCUCCCUUACACCCUCUGACUCCCAACCCCAAACAUCUGACCCUGGGAGGAUUCUCCUCCUUUGAUUGUCCCAUUGAUUUGAGAUGGACAAAGACACACCUCAUCUGUCUAUACUCUAAAUCAGGAGAACCACCCCAUGCCUUUGGGAAACCUCCUCCCCAACCCCUUGCUCAGGGUCACCUCCUCACUGCUGUAGAAGAAUAUAAAACCCCAGAACUGAAGCAUUCUGGGAGCCACUUCCACAUGGUGCCACUCAUGCUGUCUUGCUGCUUUAAGCUAAGUUUCAGAGUCAAGGUCUCCUUCCCGAACCCCAGGGGUGCAUCUCUGCACCCCACAAGUUUCACCAGUGACUGUUGAUUUAUUUUACAUUCGUGCUGUUUUCCUGGUCCCCUUACUGUGUUCUUCAUUUGGGGAGCUUCUUCUCUCAGAGCUUGUCCUCCUCAUUCUUCCUGUGCUAAUAUAUUCUGUUAUGUGUAUAUUAGAAUGUCAUUCCUUUUCCCCAAAGCUUUCCUCCUACGAAUCCUCCCCCUCCCCUUCUUCCCCAACCAGCAGAGCUCAGAGCCGCCCCGCCCUGUGUCUACUUGGUGGUGGCGGUCCAAACUAAGUAAGGAAACAGCCUUCUAGAGAGUAGAGGAGGCUGCCUCUCUCCUUUCCAGAGGAUGCUCAGGGAUGACUACAUUUCCCAGAAUCUUCGCGCUCCCCCUCGUGGCGUGUCAAUUCGACUUGGGAUCCUGGGAAUUGUAGUUUUGUGGCUCCCUCUAUGCGGGCGCAGUUUCCCCAGUGCCGCCCCAAAAUGGGAGGGAGGGUAUUUGCACACGCGCAGCUCGGGACGCUAUGUGCGUCAGCCAUAGAAGCCUCCGCAGACAAUUGAAUCGUUCCACCGAGAAGCUCGUGCAGCGCCUAGGGGGCGCAUGGCCCAAUGGCCCCUCAAGUCCAAGGUCCCGAGGCCUUCUGGGAACGGUAGUUUACAGUGUCCGGGCGCGCAGGCGCAAUUCUCACGGUUUCUGCUUUGCUUCAAUGGUUCUCGGCCGGAGUGAGUGCGCAUGCGCCUUAGGGAGCGACUCCUGAGUAAAUUGGCAGGUGAGUGGGCGCAAGUGGGGCCUGACUCGCUCCCCUGCCCCCCACCCCACCCCGGGGCCAAUGGGGGGGCCCAGGCGGGACCAGCCGGUGCAGUGAGCCCUCCAGAGGUGCCCAGGCAGGGAAACUGAGGCUCAGACAACCCCUCCAUUGUGUGCCCCUUGAGUCCAGCGAAGUCCGAGCGGACCUUCGCCCACACGGGUCUUCCUGCUUCCCUGCCUUCUCUUGGCAUACUUGGAGCAUUCUCAUUGGCCGCCUGCCGGGAGCCCCUCCAAUAGCCUCAGAGCCCCCCCCUUUUAUCUCGUCACGCGGAAUUCCGGGGGCCUCAGCCACGGGGACUGGGUGAUCCCGAGAGCCCAGCACCGGCGCUUCUCUACUCUGCCUUCAGAGGCCUCUGCCUGUCCCCAGGAUCUGUGCCCAGUGGGAGAGGAGGUGGGGAGAGAAGAGAUGUCUCCAAAGCUCCCGACCUCGGGACACCAGGAGUCGCUGACGUUCCGGGACGUGGCGGUGCUCUUCACGUGGGACGAGUGGCGCCGCCUGGGCCCCGCGCAGAGGAGCCUCUACCGCGAGGUGAUGCUGGAGACCUUCGAGCACCUCGUGGCCCUGGGGCUUCCAGGCUUCAGGUCGGAUGUGAUCUCCCGCCUAGAGAGAGCUCUGUGGAUGGGCCGGGGGCCCGGUUCUUUUCCUGAUGAAAUACCUGAAACCAAAGUUCCAGGGCCAAACCAGGGCAUUUCUGAGGGACCAUCAUCCAAGGAAAGACUGCAGGAGCAAGGAACUCCUUCUAGAGACAAACCCAAUAAAUGGAAUGAAUGUGGGAAAGCCUUUAGCCAGAAUGCACUUUUUAUGUGUCAUGAGAGAGUUCUUUCAGGGGAGAAACCCUGUAAAAUUAAAGAAUGUGGGAAAGCUUUUUGCCCCUUGGGAAGCCCUAAUGAUUAUAAGAGAAUGUAUUCUCAAAAGAAACUCCAUAUUUCUAAUGAAAGCAGGAAAAUUUUUACUCUACAUCCAAGAGUUCCCUCUGCAAAGGAACCUUUUUAUUGUAACGAAUGUGGAAAAGCCUUUAGAUGGAGGUGCAAACUUAAUACACAUCAGAGAAUCCAUACUGGAGAGAAACCCUUUGAAUGUAAAGAGUGUGGAAGAGCUUUCCGUGACAAAUCUUACCUGCUACUACAUCAGAGAAUUCAUACUGGAGAGAAACCCUUUGAGUGUAGUGAAUGUGGGAAAAAUUUCAGCCUGAAGUCAUCACUUAUUUUACAUCAGAAAAUUCACACUGGGAAGAAACUCUUUGAAUGUAACGAAUGCAGGAAAGCCUUUCAUUAUAAGUCUUGCCUUACUCUCCCUCAGAGAAUUCAUACCAGAGAAAAACCCUUUGAAUGUAAUGAAUGUGGAAAAGCCUUCAUGUGGAAGACCCAACUUAAUAAACACAAGAGGAUUCACAUUGUAGAGAAACCCUUUGAAUCUGAUAACUGUAUAAAAACUUUCAGUCUGAAAGGAAUCCUUACUGAACAUCAGAGAAUUCCUAUGGAAGAAAAACGAUUUGAAUGUAAUGAAUGUGACAAAGCUUUUAGAUGGCGGUGUAAGCUUACUGCACAUCAGAGAAUUCAUACUGGAGAGAAACCCUUUGAAUGUAGAGAAUGCAGGAAAACCUUCCGUGAGAAAUCAUGCCUUACUCUACAUCAGAGAAUUCAUACUGGAGAGCAACCUUUUGAAUGUGAUGAAUGUAGAAAAAACUUCAGCCAGAGGUCAUCACUCAUUUCACACCAGAGAAUUCACACUGGAGAAAAACCAUAUGAGUGUAAUGAAUGUGGUAAAUCCUUCAUGUGGAAGAGUCAAUUUAAUAAACACAAGAAUAUUGCAAAUGGAAAGAAAUCCUUUGAAUGUAAUGUAUGCAGGAAAAUUUUCCAUGACAAAUCUCACUUUACUGUACAUCAGAGAAUUCAUACUGGAGAAAAGCCUUUUGAGUGUGUAGAAUGUGGGAAGAACUUUAGCCAGAGAUCAUCGCUCAUUUCACAUCAGAGAAAUCAUAUUACAAAGAAACUCUUUGAAUGUAAUGAAUGUAGGAAAGCCUUCUGUGACAAGUCCCACCUUACUGUACACCAGAGAAUUCAUACUGGAGAAAAACCUUUUGAAUAUAAGGAAUGUGGGAAAACUUUUAGCCAAAGUUCCUCACUUAGUUCACACCAGAGAAUUCACUCAGGAGAGAAGCCCUUUGAGUGUAAUGAAUGUGGGAAAGCCUUUCGGGACAAAUCUCAUCUUACUGUACAUCAGAGAAUUCAUACUGGAGAGAAACCCUUUGAGUGUAAGGAAUGUGGGAAAAACUUCACCCUGAGAUCAUCACUUAAUUCACAUCAGAGAAUUCACACUGGGAAGAAGCCUUUUGAAUGUAAUGAAUGCGAAAAAGCCUUCCGAGACAAAUUUCACCUUAUUGAACAUCAGAGAAUUCAUACAGGAGAGAAACCCUUUGAGUGUAAGGAAUGUGGCAAAACCUUCCACAACAAAUAUCAGCUUUCUGUACACCAGAGCACUCAUACUGGACAGAAACCUUUUGUCUGUAUUGAAUGUAAGAAAACUUUCAUAUCAAAGAGUCAACUUAAUAAACACAAGAGAAUUCACACUGGUGAGAAACCCUUUGAAUGUGAUAACUGUGGAAAGGCCUUCACUCGCAAGGACCACCUUACUGAACAUCAGAGGAUUCAUACUGGUGAAAAACCGUAUGAGUGUGCUGAAUGUGGGAAAAACUUCAGCCAAAGGAAAUCCCUUACAUUCCAUCAUAGAAUUCAUUCUGGAGAGAGGCCUUUUGAGUGUACUGAAUGUGGGAAAAACUUCAAUUAUAAGAAGUCCUUUCUUUUUCAUCGGAGAACUCAUAUGGGAGAAAAACCCUUUGAGUGUAAUAAAUGUGAAAAAGCCUUCCACAAUAAAUCUCAGCUUACUGUACAUCAGAGAAUUCAUACUGGGGACAUAUCCUUAGAGUGUAAUGAAUGUGGAAAAUCCUUCCAUAAGAGAUCUCAGCUUGUUGUUCAUCAAAGAAUUCAUACUGGAGAGAAACCCUUUGGGUGUCAUGAAUGUGGGAAAGCAUUCUACAAUAAAUCUCAGCUUAAUGUACAUCUGAGAACACAUACUGGAGAGAAACCCUUUAAGUGUAAUGAAUGUGAGAAAGCCUUCCAUCACAAAUCUCAGCUUGUUGCACAUCAGAGAAUUCAUACUGGAGAGAGACCCUUUGAAUGUAAUGAAUGUGGAAAAGCUUUCUACAACAAAUCUCAGCUUACUGUACAUCAGAGAAUUCAUACUGGAGAAAAACCAUAUAAGUGUAAUGAAUGUGGGAAAAGUUUCAGCCAUAGAAAAUCAUUCAUUUUCCAUCUGAGAAUUCACACUGGAGAGAAACCAUAUGAGUGUAAUGAAUGUGGGAAAGCUUUCCACAACAAAUCUCACCUUACUGUACACCAGGGAAUUCAUACUGGAGAAAAACCAUAUGAGUGUAAUGAAUGUGGUAAAAAAUUUAGCCUGAGCUCAUCCCUUACUAAACAUCAGAGAAUUCAUACUGGAGAAAAACCCUUUGAGUGUAAUGAAUGUGAGAAAGCCUUCCAUCACAAAUCUCAGUUUGUUGCACAUCAGAGAAUUCAUACUGGAGAGAGACCCUUUGAAUGUAAUGAAUGUGGAAAAGCUUUCUACAACAAAUCUCAGCUUACUGUACAUCAGAGAAUUCAUACUGGAGAAAAACCAUAUAAGUGUAAUGAAUGUGGGAAAAGUUUCAGCCAUAGAAAAUCAUUCAUUUUCCAUCUGAGAAUUCACACUGGAGAGAAACCAUAUGAGUGUAAUGAAUGUGGGAAAGCUUUCCACAACAAAUCUCACCUUACUGUACACCAGAGAAUUCAUACUGGAGAAAAACCAUAUGAGUGUAAUGAAUGUGGUAAAAAAUUUAGCCUGAGCUCAUCCCUUACUAAACAUCAGAGAAUUCAUACUGGAGAAAAACCCUUUGAGUGUAAUGAAUGUGGGAAAAACUUCAGCCGGAAGUCAUCACUUAUUUUACAUCAAAGGAUCCACACGGGAGAAAAACCCUUUGAGUGUAAUGAAUGUGGAAGAAACUUCUGCCAGAGGUCAUCACUGGUUUCACAUCAGAGAACUCAUACUGGAGAAAAACCCUUUGAGUGCAAUGAAUGUGGCAAAAAUUUCACCCGAAGGUCCUUACUUAGCAAACACAAAACCAUUCAUACAGGAGAGAACCCCAAGUAAUAUGAUAAAUGUGGGAAAGCUUUGCCAUGCAGAGUUAGUAAAGGAGAAUUUAUGCUGGAGGGGAGGCUUGAAACCUUUGAAACAGAGUUCAUGCUUGACUUGUUAUCAGAGACCUCCUAUUGACAAAUUUGAAAAACAGCAAAUGCAGAAAAGUCUUCAGCCAAACUGGAUGCUUUACUGACUGUCUGAGAGUGUGUGGUGAGAAAUCCCCUAGGGCAAUAAAAUGCAGGGAGGUCUUUGGUACUAAUGAACACUUUAGAAGGCUCAGACAAUUCCCACAGAAGAAAAAGUCAUGAAUACAGUAACCAUGGGAUGAUUUUCAUGGCAUAUAGUUCCUUCUUAUUUAAUAGCAUAGACUUGGUGCUGGAGAUGAGUUGCAGCAAUGUGCUAAUGGUGGGAGCCUCCUAACAGCUGGCUGCCAUUUGUUUGAUGCUGGAGUGCCAAGAUCACUGACUUGGUCACAAGCCACACUACUUUGUGGUGUUUUGAGAGAGGCAAAUAAUGAUUUUCUUUGUUUCUCCUGAACUCUAAGCAGUUUCUACUGGUUACCACCAGAUGGCAGUGGAGUCGUACUGGUUAGCACAUCUCCAACAAUUAUCUGAAAAAACGUCUUUUAUUUUUAACUCCCAGGCAUAAGUUAUAGGCAUUCAGAUGCAUAAGAAACCUCAGUCUGAAAGGUUUAUAUAUUGUUGUUUUUUUAAACCCUCACCUUCCAUCUUGGAAUCGAUACUGUGUAUUGGUUCCAAGGCAGAAGAGUGGUAAGGGCUAGGCAAAUGGAGGUUAAGUGACUUGCCCAAGGUCACACAGCUGGGAAGUGUCUGAGGCCAGAUUUAAACUCAGGACCUCCCGUCUCUAGGCCUGGCUCUCAAUUCACUGAGCUACCCAACUGCCCCCUUGUAUAUUGUUUUUUAACAUAGUCACAAAAACCAUCAGAGCAAAAUGGGAAAUAUAUUUGUGCAUUAAAUACUUUCUUCUUUCAUUAAUUUAUUUAUGUUUCAUAAUAAGUUUUAUUGAUGCCUUUUUCCCCCCAUCAUGCUCAUUUCUCCACAAAGCUUUACCCCACUCCAUCUGCUUCUCAUAAAAGUCUGGUGUCCAGCAUCGAUGCCAAUUUAUAACAAUAGGAACAGUGAUUCAAUAGGCAAGUUCUAGUGAAUAGGCAGAUUUAAGAUAGAGAAAUACAAAUUAUCCUCACCAUAUGAAAAAAACAUGAAAAAUCGCUAUGAUUCUAAAAUGUCUGAGAUUCUUUUCAACACUCAUAGAUUUCUCAAAUAUUUUUAAUGGUGAAAAGAUCUGAUGUUGGCGUGGUUAUGUCAAAAAGAGGCAUGCUUUUAUGCUGCUUGUGGAGUUGUGAAUUAUUUGAAUGACGCUACUAAAAAUAUUCCAUGUAAAACUCCUAAAAUAUUACAUAUUUUCUUAGUUAUAAGUCACUCUUUCCCUUCCUUCCAAAAAUAUCAUUGAUAACUUUUGUACAUCAUGUUCAUUUCCCAUCAUAUUUCCUCCCUAUCUCCUAUAAGGGACUUUCUUUUUACAGAUGGAAAAGAGUUAAUGGUUGGGCUACACCACUGUGACAAAAAUAAUAUGACUUUAGUUUACACAGUUGGUGCUUUGCCAAUGGAAAUCCCAAGGAACGACUUUUGGGCCCUAUGCACAAUAGUAACAUUAAUUUGGAGGGACAAAAGGUCUAGAAGAAUAGAGGAAUUAAUGGGGGAUCAAAUGUAGGAAUGAAGGAGACAUAGUCCUUCUAGACCCAAACUAUAUACCAGAGUAGUCUAAGUCAUCAAAAGUAUUUGGUACUGAUUUAAAAAGCAUAUCAGUGGAACAGAUGAGAGAAGACAGAAUCAGAACCAGUUAACAUUCGUAGCUAUUAGUGGGGCCAGUUAAGCUAUGACCCCCAAGUCAAACCAUGGUGUACUAUGGGUACCAUGACUUUAUUUUCAAUAUGCAUAAUGAUCUAUUUGUUAUUUAGGGUUUUAUGAUUGUAAAUACCUUCCAUUGGUCUUUCUGUUUGCUUCAUUUGCUCAUUCAUUACUUAUUAGACAUGAUUUUAUAAUCUCUUCCUCAAACUGUUCCUCCAUAAACCAAAAAGACUGAUUAUAAGCAUGCACAGCACAGCACAACGCAUUCCCAGACUGACCACGUGACCAAAUGUAUGCCCAUCUGCAUUCUAAGUUUGGCACCUUUCCAGCAGGAAGUGAGUGAUGUGUUUCAUCUUUAGUCUUGUGACAUUGCAUUGAUUCUUCCUUUACGUAAAUGCAUUGAUUUUGCUUGUUAGAGCAAAAUCAGGAGAACCACAUCUGGACAUUGCUAGAUUAAUGAGUAAGGCUCCUCCUCUAGUCAUAGGCUCUUGUGAAGAUUGUUUUUCUGCUAGAUAAAGCUCCCCUCUCCCACCAUCUAAUAAGCAUUCCUAUAUAGAAUCCCAAGGUAAACCUCUAAGGGCAGACCGUGAGCCAAGGGCCAUUGCUCUCUCAUUGGACAGCCUCAUAUCCUAAUGCUAUCUCCUGGCAAUGGCCACGUCAUUCCGAGACUUCAAGAAUUCCCUUGAACCAUGGUACCCAUACUCAACUGUGCAAGCCUGGAUAAAUUUGCUUCUUUCCCCCCCUUAUGCCCCUAAGGUAGAUGAGGUCUCCUGCUGGUUCUGGAGUUAUGGUUUGAUAGAUUUAUCUACUUGGGUCCAAAACGAUGCCCCACACCAGAGUUUACAAAUGCGAUGUCAGCGUUCCUUGUUAACAUAACUUUCCUAGGGACAGGGGAAAUGAAUGUUCCAUUCCUUUCCCCUUUAUCCCCUAUAAUAUAUUAUAUACUCUCAAGGACCCUAAACUAUAGUUUGGGGAGUGAAGGAAGCAUACUUUGCUUUUCUAACAAGGGUUACCAUAGCACUCCAAGGAGUAGUGUGAAGUGCAGCUGUGCCCUUUCCUGUAAAAAAGGUGAAAGUUGAGAAGCCAUCUUUGGAGCCCCACUCCUGUGAACUCAUUUGUCAUCGAUCUAGAGCUUUGCAGCAUCUCAGUCUACUAGGACUCUCUUCCUGAAUCUUCAACUGACUGGAUGGAAUGUACUCUUCAAAAUCUGAUGUGGAUACGUGUCUUGGCCAUGGGGUCUUGCUUUCCCCUCCCUGUAGCAUGGACACUGAUUGACUAAAAAUAGUCACUCAUUUGGAGAGGCAUUUGCUGCCAAGUAUAGAAAUAAAAUGGGUAUUUAACAGGA